UGAUUUUCUGGGGGAGGAUUUUUAAUCGGCGAGAUGAUGCUCAUUCUCCUGCUGGCAGCCUUUUCCUCUUCAAUCUCAAGCUCCUCCCUCUCCUCCCCCUCCAUGUCAGAUGGACUCCCAAUGGCAGACCCUUCUGCUCCGGACUUGAUGUCUGAAACUUGUAGUGCCUGCUCCUGCCUGUCGGUGGAAAAUGUGCUCUACGUCAACUGUGAAAAGAUCACUGUAUACCGGCCGACACAACUCAUUCCGCCUGUGUCAUCAUUAUACCACCUCAAUUUCCAAAAUAACUUUCUAAUUGUUCUCUACCCAAACUCAUUUCUCAACUUCACCCAUGCUGUAUCGCUGCAACUGGGGAACAAUCAGCUGCAGAACAUUGAAGGUGGCGCAUUCAUGGGUAUGAGCGCAUUAAAACAGCUGCACCUGAACAACAAUGAGUUGAAAGUGCUACAAGCAGACACAUUUCAAGGAAUAGAAAACUUGGAGUACCUUCAAGCUGACUACAAUUUGAUAAAGUACAUCGAAAAGGGAGCCUUCAACAAACUGCAUAAAUUAAAAGUGCUGAUUCUGAAUGACAAUCUUAUACAAGCACUUCCUGACAACAUAUUUCGUUUUGCCUCCCUCACACAUCUGGAUAUAAGAGGGAACAGGAUCCAGAAGCUUCCCUAUUUGGGGGUUCUGGAGCACAUCGGACGGAUUGUUGAGCUGCAGUUGGAUGAUAACCCCUGGAAUUGUACCUGCGACUUAGCACCGCUGAAGGCAUGGCUUGAAAACAUGCCCUAUAAUAUUUUUAUUGGAGAGGCCAUAUGCGAAACACCAAGCGACUUGUACGGAAGGUUACUGAAAGAAACCAAUAAGCAAGAGCUUUGCCCAAUGGGUACAGGAAGUGACUUUGAUGUCAGAAUGCCACCGGCCCCCCCUGAUACAGGACAGUCAACCUCCAAAACUUCCCCGACCUCCACGGUGACCACAAAAUCACCAAAAGCCACAGACUCAUCAAAAAUUUACGGAAAUGGCAUUGUAGCCGGAUUACCCCCUUUCGGAAGAAAUAGCCAGAUUGUGUCAUUUCAGACAAGGAGCCCCCCAAUGUCAUGCCCACAGCUGUGUAGCUGUAAAACUCACCCAUCAGACUUUGGCAUAAGUGUCAGUUGUCAAGAAAGAAAUAUACAAAAUCUAGCAGAUCUUAUUCCUAAACCGGCAAACGCCAAGAAACUUCACUUGAGUGGGAAUUACAUUCGUGACAUAAACCCAACUGAUUUCCGCGGAUUUGAAGGUUUAGAUUUGCUUCAUCUGGGUAGCAACCAAAUUGUCACGGUCCAAAAAGGUGUGUUUGCUAACCUCACUAAUCUGAGAAGACUGUAUCUGAAUGGAAACCAGAUCGAACAAUUACACCCUGAGAUGUUUUUGGGCCUCACAAAUCUACAGUACCUGUACUUGGAAUACAAUGCCAUUAAAGAAAUUCUUGCAGGCACAUUUGACUCGAUGCCAAAUUUGCAGCUCCUGUAUCUCAACAAUAACGUAUUACGGAGUCUUCCUGCCUAUGUGUUUGCAGGCCUGUCUUUAGCCAAACUCAAUUUGAAAAACAACCACUUCAUGACCCUACCAGUGAGCGGUGUCCUGGACCAGCUGCGCUCUUUGACCCAGAUAGAUCUAGAGGGAAAUCCGUGGGAGUGUUCCUGCGAUUUGGUCGCUCUGAAACUAUGGCUAGACAAGCUAAGCGAUGGAGUUGCUGCAAAAGAAGUCAAAUGCGCCUCUCCUGUGCAAUUUGCGAACAUUGAACUGCGCCUGUUGAAAAACGAAAUCUUGUGCCCAAAGCUUAUUGCUCGGCCACCAUCUAUUUUAACUAGCGCCACCCCCGUCGUGACUUCAGUUUCACCAGCAGGAGUUGGCAAAGCCCCGCCAGGAGGUCCCGUCCCUCUCUCAAUCAUGAUCCUUAGUAUUCUCGUAGUGCUGAUACUUACAGUGUUUGUGGCCUUCUGCCUUCUAGUCUUUGUCCUCAGACGGAAUAAAAAACCAGCUGGUCGACAGGAACUAGGGAAUCAGGAGUGCGGCUCCAUGUCGCUGCAGCUCCACCGACAUGGCCACAAAUCAGGCAAAAAAGGUUCCAUUCCGGGAGAUGAAUUGGGAGGUGAAACAUUUAUCCCUCAAACAAUUGAACAUAUCGGCAAGAGCCACACUUGUGGCAUUGGACGCUCAUCAGACAUGGACGCUGGGUUUAAGUUUGCCGACUCGCAAAGGCAGAAAAUUAUCCUGCGAAGCAGUGCCGAAAAGGAUAAGGAUGCACUUUCCACCUUGGAGCGCAACAAGCGCCUCAGCACAAUCGACGAACUCGAGGAAUUCUUACCAAAUCGAGAGCCCAGCAUGUUCAUCCAGAACUUCCUGGACAGCAAGAGAGACUUCAACAGCAUAGGAAUGGGGGCGUACGAAAUCCGUUACCCGGAGAAAUCUCUGGAUAGAAAGGUGAAGAAAUCAUCUCUGAUAGGUGGGAACCACAGUAAGAUUGUGGUGGAGCAAAGAAAAAGUGAGUAUUACGAGCUGAAAGCCAAGCUCCAAGGAACACCUGAUUACCUCCAGGUGCUUGAGGAGCAGACUGCACUGACACAAAUGUAA